AGCCAGGCGCCAUCUUUGACGCUGGCAGUCUUGGUUUUCUGCUAGUGCUGCUGCUGCUGGGAGGACGACGGACGGCAGCGGCCAAGCAAGAAGAAAGACGUGGCAGCAAGCGGGAGUCGGGGAUAGUGUCAUCGGUUCGGUAAAGUUUCUGUUCUCUGAUUUGGGGAUAUUCCCUGCCCAAAAAAUUCCUGGAAAAUUGACUAGUAUUAAGUGUGAGUAAAAGGUGUCCACUUUUUUUUAAGUUUUGAUUUUAGUUUUGUCUUAGAUAGUAUUUGGCAAGAUUUAGCCUAGAAAUUAUGUAGUAUUUAUUACAUAAGAAUCAAAAUUGCUUUGUUACUGGGCUGGUUUCAAAGUUUAGAACUCAUUUCUAUGUAUCAAAAUCGGGUUUUUUUUUUUGUUUUUGAUUUUUUUUUUUUUUAAUUCUUAAAUGGUAAAUAUGCCAUUGUGAAAUGAAAUCUCAACUCCAAAAGUUUACCCUUUUACUAACUGGAGUAAAUGUAUACUUACAAAGUCUUUAGCUGUAGCCGUUAGUAGUAAAGAAUUUGGACCUAGGCUGCGUAAGCAAGCCUUUCCAGGGCCACUAUUUAAUGGCAAACCAGUGAUACUGGUGUUGAUACAAAAUAAGAAAUAAAUUUUCCCUUAGAUAAAGCUUUCUGUGUUUUGACAGUGCCAGUUUAGAAUGGCUAUAAUGCUGCUCUGCCUUCUACAGCUUGCUGCACCACUCUGUAGUUACUCUAUUACCAUACGUUUCUAUCUUUUUUGGUUAAACACUCCCUGAUGACGAUGAUGGAUAUAUAUACAUACAUCCAUAUUAUACAUAAUGAUAUAUGUGUAAGGAUUUACCUUCAUCUUUAUUUUGUGGGCUGGGCAAAAUUUAGUGUAACAAUAACUUCAUGAUACUUUGGUAUAAGAGUAAGUUCUUUAUUUUUAUAAUGAAUCCAAAUCUAAAGUCUUUUAUAGUGCAUUUUAAAAGGGGAAACUUAUCCAAAUGUUAUAUUUCUAUACAUUUUUAUGUAUAUGUGUGUGUGUGUAUAAGCCAGUUAGUAUAUAUCUGUAUGUAUAUUAUAUACAUAAAACACUAUAUUUUUACAUACAAGUAUGCUUUUAUUAUACAGAUAAUAAAGAUGGGGGAAGGUUUCUGUUUUUUUCUUAAUAGGUGAAGAAAUCUUGAAGACCAGAAAUUGGAUCUUACUGAAAAACUGAUUUUUUUUGUUUUUUUUUAAAUUAUAUUGUUCAGCUAUGGAAGAUGGAUUUUUUUUCAUGAUCCUUUAACUCUCAAGUUCAUCUUUAAAUGAACUCUUUUUUUUUUGUUUUUUUUGUUUUGUUUUGUUUUGUUUUUGAGGAGAUAACUAACCCUAGCUGUCUCCAGUCUGGCAAAGGUUAUUUGAAUGGACUUAAUCUCCCAGUAGUUGGGAGAUGUUUUAAAAACACAUGCUGUGUUUGAAUUGUGGCUGAGAGGUUUUCUUGGCAAUGUGAGGAGGAAAAUUUUUUCUGCCUCAUUAUUAUUAAUUCAUGGAUUGAGUGUUGGUUCGACCUACAGGCGUAAUAGAUUGGAACUCAGUGAAGACACAGACGUUCCUGUUCAGAGCAACCAGCUAAUGAUUACAGUUUAAAGACAAUUUCUGUGAUCAAGUUGUCAUUUGGAAGAUUAAACCCAUUUCACGAGGACUUGGAGCCUGGUCCUUGCUUUGAGGAAGCAGUGGCUUGUUUCAAGAAGCCACUUCUGAUCUAAGAAUCUACCCAGCAUGCCUAAUCAAGGAGAAGACUGCUAUUUUUUUUUCUAUUCCACAUGUACCAAAGGCGACAGCUGCCCAUUCCGUCACUGUGAAGCUGCACUAGGAAAUGAAACUGUUUGCACAUUAUGGCAAGAAGGGCGCUGUUUUCGACAGGUGUGCAGGUUUCGGCACAUGGAGAUUGAUAAAAAACGCAGUGAAAUUCCUUGUUAUUGGGAAAAUCAGCCAACAGGAUGUCAAAAAUUAAACUGCGCUUUCCAUCACAAUAGAGGACGAUAUGUUGAUGGCCUUUUCCUACCUCCGAGCAAAACUGUGUUGCCCACUGUGCCUGAGUCACCAGAAGAGGAAGUGAAGGCUAGCCAACUUUCAGUUCAGCAGAACAAAUUGUCUGUCCAGUCCAAUCCUUCCCCUCAGCUGCGGAGCGUUAUGAAAGUAGAAAGUUCCGAAAAUGUUCCUAGCCCCACGCAUCCACCAGUUGUAAUUAAUGCUGCAGAUGAUGAUGAAGAUGAUGAUGAUCAGUUUUCUGAGGAAGGUGAUGAAACCAAAACACCUACCCUGCAACCAACUCCUGAAGUUCACAAUGGAUUACGAGUGACUUCUGUCCGGAAACCUGCAGUCAAUAUAAAGCAAGGUGAAUGUUUGAAUUUUGGAAUAAAAACUCUUGAGGAAAUUAAGUCAAAGAAAAUGAAGGAAAAAUCUAAGAAGCAAGGUGAGGGUUCUUCAGGAGUUUCCAGUCUUUUACUCCACCCUGAGCCCGUUCCAGGUCCUGAGAAAGAAAAUGUCAGGACUGUGGUGAGGACAGUAACUCUCUCCACCAAACAAGGAGAAGAACCCUUGGUUAGAUUGAGUCUUACUGAGAGACUGGGGAAACGAAAAUUUUCAGCAGGCGGUGACAGUGAUCCUCCAUUAAAGCGUAGCCUGGCACAGAGGCUAGGGAAGAAAGUUGAAGCUCCAGAAACUAACAUUGACAAAACACCAAAGAAAGCUCAAGUUUCCAAGUCUCUUAAGGAGCGAUUAGGCAUGGCAGCUGAUCCAAAUAAUGAGGAUGCAACAGAUAAAGUGAAUAAAGUUGGUGAGAUCCAUGUGAAGACAUUAGAAGAAAUUCUUCUUGAAAGAGCCAGUCAGAAACGUGGAGAAUUGCAAACUAAACUCAAGACAGAAGGACCUUCAAAAACUGAUGAUUCUACUUCAGGAGCAAGAAGCUCCUCCACUGUCCGUAUCAAAACCUUCUCUGAGGUCCUGGCUGAAAAAAAACAUCGGCAGCAGGAAGCAGAGAGACAAAAAAGCAAAAAGGAUACAACUUGCAUCAAGCUAAAGAUUGAUAGUGAAAUUAAAAAAACAGUAGUUUUGCCACCCAUUGUUGCCAGCAAAGGACAAUCAGAGGAGCCUGCAGGUAAAACAAAGUCUAUGCAGGAGGUGCACAUCAAGACGCUGGAAGAAAUUAAACUGGAGAAGGCACUGAGGGUGCAGCAGAGCUCUGAGAGCAGCACCAGCUCCCUGUCUCAACAUGAGGCCACUCCAGGGGCAAGGCGGCUGCUGCGAAUCACCAAAAGAACAGGGAUGAAAGAAGAGAAGAACCUUCAGGAAGGAAAUGAAGUUGAUUCUCAGAGCAGUAUUAGAACAGAAGCUAAAGAGGCUUCAGGUGAGACCACAGGAGUUGACAUCACUAAAAUUCAAGUCAAGAGAUGUGAGACCAUGAGAGAGAAGCACAUGCAGAAACAGCAGGAGAGGGAAAAAUCAGUCUUGACACCUCUUCGGGGAGAUGUAGCCUCUUGCAAUACCCAAGUGGCAGAGAAACCAGUGCUCACUGCUGUGCCAGGAAUCACACGGCACCUGACCAAGCGGCUUCCCACAAAGUCAUCCCAGAAAGUGGAGGUAGAAACCUCAGGCAUUGGAGACUCAUUAUUGAAUGUGAAAUGUGCAGCACAGACCUUGGAAAAAAGGGGUAAAGCUAAACCCAAAGUGAACGUGAAGCCAUCUGUGGUUAAAGUUGUGUCAUCCCCCAAAUUGGCCCCAAAACGUAAGGCAGUGGAGAUGCACGGUGCUGUCAUUGCCGCUGUGAAGCCACUCAGCUCCAGCAGUGUCCUACAGGAACCCCCAGCCAAAAAGGCAGCUGUGGCUGUUGUCCCGCUUGUCUCUGAGGACAAAUCAGUCACUGUGCCUGAAGCAGAAAAUCCUAGAGACAGUCUUGUGCUGCCUCCAACCCAGUCCUCUUCAGAUUCCUCACCCCCGGAGGUGUCUGGCCCUUCCUCAUCCCAAAUGAGCAUGAAAACUCGCCGACUCAGCUCUGCCUCAACAGGAAAGCCCCCACUCUCUGUGGAGGAUGAUUUUGAGAAACUAAUAUGGGAGAUUUCAGGAGGCAAAUUGGAAGCUGAGAUUGACCUGGAUCCUGGGAAAGAUGAAGAUGACCUUCUGCUUGAGCUAUCAGAAAUGAUUGAUAGCUGAAGGUGGUAGUGAGGACACUUUAAAAAAAAAAAAUCGCCAAAAAACUGGACUUAGUUUCAUCUAUUGUAACAUUUAUCUGAGAUGAUCAUUUCUUUAGUCUAGAAUUUGCCCCAAAUCAGAAGUAUACCUCUGAAUUAUCUGUAUAUGUCCUGGAUUCCUUGGGGUCAGAUUUUUAAAGUUACUUUAUAACCAUUUUGUCCAUUUGAUGCCAUUGUUUAUCAUCUUUUGAGAAAAAAGUUCUGUCAUACCCUUCUCUCCACAAAAAAGAGACUGAGAGGGAGAUCAAGUGAAAGGGUGCAAGCGAACUUAGUGACUCCUUGAGGUGUUUGUCAGUUUUGGCUUUUUUCUCCUUUGUUGUAUUCUUUAUGUAUUGUCUUGAUGUACUUAAUAUUACCUGAGUUUGAAAUGGAUGAAGACAGCUGCUACCAUUAAGGACCAAAUUUUAUGCUACCACUAAACAAAAAUACCCACUCAGUCUGUGUUAAAUUGUAUGUCUUUUUAAAGGUAUUUAGAGAUUCAACUAAGCUUUAAAGAGGGCUGAGCAGCUCAGGAAGCCUGUAAUGUGGGCAUAACUCUUUGGACCUGAUCUUGAUGCUUCUGCUGCUCUGUUAGCCUCUGAAGAGCAAUAUCUAAUUUAUUAUUACUGUAAUUUUUUAAAAGGCUUUAAAGUGCCUCAGGGGUCCCCUGAAACUAAUUUUCUAUUUCUGGGAUUCCCUGGAUUCAUUAUGUGAGAUGGUGACAUGAUUAGAGGAAUUCUUUUUUAGUAUGAAAAUUGUCCCUUCUUCAGUACUUGCCUCCUUGCUGGCAUUGAAUUAACACAGGGACAAAAUUUGGUUAAUUUUUUAUUUCUAACUCUCCCAACAAACCCCUGUUGCCCAGUAUUUGUUUGGUGGCCUUUAACCACCUGAGGGAAAAAAUGAGCUUAUUCAAGCUGCCAAUAUUUAUCUAUGGGCUGUAGCAGUACACUGAAUUGUACUGUGCCAGGGAUAUUGAGAUGCUCUGGGGGUGUAUUGUAUACCUGCCAGUUUUCUUCAUUUCUGAAUUGAGUUUUCUUUUCUUGAUGUUGGUUUCCUUCAUAUCACCUCAAGGUUUAGAUUUGUGAAGGAAUAAGCAUGAUGGAAAUAAUAGUCUUGAAAGGAGAUAUGUUGUAUAUAAUCAGGAGGAAGAGGAAGGAAGGACUUACCCAUUUUGAUAUUUUGCUGUAGGUGGCCAGUUUUGUUUCUCAUAGGGAAAUCUGACCCACCUGUCAUGUUGGCUCCUAAGGAACUGCUGUUGUAAGCGGCUCAUCAAGAGUUGAACUUCACGUAGCCUUGUUGGGAAUAUGGAAAAGGAAGAAAGCCACAGGACUGCCCAUUCAGUCUUGGGAAGAUUGGAAUGAUUCUGCACAAGCAAAAAUGACUGAAAUUUAUGUAUCGACACACCUCUACCAAUCCAUCUUCAGCUGACUGAAUGUUGUAUGAUAGCCCUUCUCCAAAGCAGGGGUAGAAUGUUCAGGUUUCACCAUGGAUCUUCUACUUAUUUCGUUUUUGGAAUCAGCUUACAGAUUCCAGGUCCCUUUUGUAUAUAUUCUUUAUUCUUUUGCUUUUUUAAAAAAUAAUUUGGUUUCAUAUUUAAAGCACUUGUAUUAGUCAAUGUUUCGUGUUCCGCAUUAUUUGAACCAUUUGCCCUUACAGAAAGAGAAAUACUUGUUUGUGUUUUAAAUAAAACUGAUGUAGGAAAGUC